AUGUCGCACGCAAGAAAGUUUUACGAGCCCGGAGUUGGCCCAAGAACGGGAAUGCAAGUGGCAGGAGAUCCAUAUGAUUUGGAAGCAUACUUUCAAGCUGGAAAGAUGGCAUUGAUGGGGUCAGAUGACAGUAUAUCAACUGUAGCUUCCCGUCAAUCAAUUCUCAGCUCAAGACGAUCAGGUAUAGUAUCUGCAAGACCAUCAACAAAAAGCAAUGUGGGUGGAAGUAGUAUGAUCAUUCAAGAAAGUACAGCUCCUUCUCCAAGGACAACAUUACGCAAAUCUGUCACGCAAAGGCAUUCCACCACUUAUGGCACUUCAUCAUCUUCUUUUGCUUACGAUCAUGAGCCGCAGUACGGCGAUGAAAAUCGGGAUCCUGAUGUGACUGCCACGAAAAACAUGUCUCUGAAUAGGUCGAAAAUGACGUUGAGCUCGCCGCGCUCUGCAAGUGACAUGUCAAUCGAAUCGGGACCGAAUUCAGGCUUUCAUUCGAGUGUGGUUCGUGAAAGCAUCAUCGAUGAGGAUGAGCAGUACGAUAUGCCAAUAAUGUCAUCUUCACCUAUGCGUCCUCCGCCAAUCAGUGAUUUGACAGAACGAUCAAUGCAGAUUCAACGAUCACGCUCAAGACUUGAAACGGAAAGUCCAGCUUCUGUGAGAAUGGCCAGUGAACCUCCAAUGUCCUCUUCGCCCGUUGCUCUUCCACUUUUAAGUGAUGCAUACGAUGAGCCUGAAUAUUUAUCGGAUGACGUCGUGGAGAGCAGACCUCGUAAAAGCGUUUUUUCUGAGAAGAGCAGCAAUGUGUCUGUUAUGAUGAGCCCGAUCAAGCCUGCAAAGCAGAAGAACAGCAAGACAUCUGCUGUAAAAAGUCCAAGCAAGCCUGCAAAACGGAAAGCAGCACCAAAGAAAAGAAGCAAAUAUCUUGAUGCUGACGAUGAAGAUGAUGGAACGAACAAAUCGCGAAAACAGAUCAAAACAAAGAGCAAGGCUGUGGAUGGUGCAUUAAUCGAAAAAAUUCCAUCUUCCCAUCAUCGCAGGAUAGCAGGCUCAGAAGAACCCGAAGAAGGAAUCAGACGUAGUUCUCGUUACAAAUAUAAGCCGCUGGAGUAUUGGCGUGGUGAACGUGCAAGAUUUGGCCGUCUUUCUUUACCGAAGAUCCGAGAAGAUCCCGAUCAAAGCGGCAGUGUUGGCGAUAGCACGAUUGAUGCCGAUGCAUUCGAAGAUGGUGUGAUGACUGUUGCUCCACCCGUUGCCGUCUUGAAGGAGAUCAUUCGCAUUCCUAGAGCUGAAGGAGAAGGAACGUUUAGUGGAUUAAAGCUGCCAAAGAAGAAGGCUAUUGAGGGAAAGAGUUCAACUCGAAAAGCAAGCACACCAUCAACCGCAUUGGAUCCCACUCAACCUACACGAAAUGUCGAAGAUGGUUGGGAUAAAGACACCGAAACGCAUGCAAAAGUGUAUGAUGUUUUCACCGAAUCGGAAAUUGAUAAACAGAUUGCCUGUACAUCCGAUCAAGUUCGACCAAGAAUGGCAGUCGGAUGUACGUUUGGCUUCGAAAAGGUGUUUGUGGUGGAAGAUUUCAUGGCAACGGGUGUUUUAUUCUUACUUGUUGAUGGUAAAAAACCGUUGAAGAAUAGCAAAGAUAAUUAUUACACCUUUACAGUUCUCGAAGGAUGCGUAGAAGUUCAAAUUCAUCAUUCAACAUUCACCAUUGCUCCUCAAGGAAUGUUCUUUGUUCCACGUGGUAAUGAUUACAGUAUCUCAAACAUUUCGAAACGAGUUGCUCGGCUUGCCUUUACGCAAGGUAAGAUUAUAGCAGCAGAGGACCGGACUGCAACAAUGGAUAGAUAG